AUUUUAUUUAAUCCUUCAAAGCUUCUAUUUUCAUUUACUUUAAUUAUAGGAAUUAUUAUUACAAUCUCAUCUAAUUCCUGGCUUGGAGCCUGAAUAGGCCUAGAAAUUAAUCUUUUAUCUUUUAUCCCCCUAAUAAUCGAUAAUUCUAAUUCCUAUGCUAAUGAAGCCUCAUUAAAAUAUUUCCUAACCCAAGCUAUAGCAUCUUCACUUUUAUUAUUUUCAAUUAUUUUCUUUUUAAAUUAUAACUUACUUAAUUUUAAUACUUGAAACUUUAAUUUUUGAACAAAUUUAUCUUUAAUUAAUUUAAUAUUAUUAAUUAAAAUAGGAAGAGCUCCUUUUCAUUUCUGAUUUCCUUCUGUAAUAAAUUGUUUAUCUUGAUUUAAUUCUUGAAUAUUAAUAACUCUUCAAAAAAUUGCACCUUUUAUACUAAUUUUUUAUUCUUUUAAUUUUUAUAUUAAUACUAUCAGAUUAUUAUUAUCCUUAAUUUUUGGGGCAAUUGGUGGAUUAAAUCAAACUUCUAUUCGUAAAAUUAUAGCUUAUUCAUCUAUUAAUCAUAUAAGCUGAAUAAUUUGCAGAAUAUUCUUUUCUAUAUCCUUAUGAAUAAAUUAUUUUCUUUUUUAUUAUUUUUUAACUUCAGCAAUUGUUUUAAUUUUUAAUUUACUUAAUAUUUUUUAUAUUAAUCAAAUUUUUUUAUAUUUUAAUAACAAUUUAACUAUUAAACUUUCAAUUUUUAUUUUAUUUUUAUCACUAGGAGGCCUUCCUCCGUUUUUAGGAUUUUUUCCUAAAUGAAUAGUAAUUCAAUAUUUAAUAUUUAAUAAUUUUUUCUUUAUUUUAUUAAUAAUAGUUAUUUUUACUCUUAUUACAUUAUAUUUUUACUUACAAACUACUUAUUCUGCCUUUCUAAUAGAUUCCUGAAAUUUAAAAUGAAAUAUUAAAAAAAUUAAAUUUAUAAUACAUAUAAAUUUAUCUUUUAUCUUUUUAUCUUUUAUUUCAAUUUUCGGAUUAAUUUUUAUUCUUCUAUAUUUUUAA